CACCCUUUUCUUAGUGCUCCAGUUGAUGCAGGAGGGAGGAACCCGACAGAAUCCCUUCCUUAUCCUCUUCCCCAUUUUUUCUUUCUAAUUCCUCUGCCUGCCUUAAAUCUUCCUAUAUCCGUUUCAUUCAACUCGGCCCUCCCCUGUUCUUUCCUUCAGAAUCCCCUCUCCCCUUCUCUUAGCUCAGUUUCUUCCACCUCAGAGCUGACCGCCACCGGCCCCUUCUCAGAGUGAAAUCAUGAAGGUAGUGAACUUGAAGCAAGCCAUUUUGCAAGCCUGGAAGGAGCGAUGGAGUGACUACCAGUGGGCAAUCAACAUGAAGAAAUUCUUUCCCAAAGGAGCCACCUGGGACAUUCUCAACCUAGCAGAAGCACUACUGGAGCAGGCCAUGAUUGGACCUUCCCCCAAUCCUCUCAUCCUGUCCUACCUGAAGUAUGCCAUUAGUUCCCAGUUUGAUGACUUUUCCCGGGACUUGUGUGUCCAGGCUUUGCUGGAUAUCAUGGACAUGUUUUGUGACCGACUGAGCUGUCAUGGCAAAGCCGAGGAGUGCAUCGGGCUGUGCCGGGCCCUUCUCAGCGCCCUCCACUGGCUGCUGCGCUGUACUGCAGCCUCUGCCGAGCGGCUCCGGGAGGGGCUGGAGGCCGGCGCUCCAGCUCCAGCGGCCGGGGAGAAGCAGCUUGCCAUGUGCCUGCUGCGCCUGGAGAAGACCCUCAGCAGCACCAAGAACCGGGCCCUGCUCCACAUCGCCAAACUAGAGGAGGCCUCCUCCUGGACUGCCAUUGAGCAUUCUCUCUUGAAGCUUGGGGAGAUCCUGGCCAGUCUCAGCAACCCCCAGCUCCGGAGCCAGGCUGAGCAGUGUGGCACGCUCAUUAGGAGCAUCCCCACAAUGCUGGCUGUGCACUCGGAGCAGCUGCAUAAGACUGGCUACCCCACGGUCCACGCGGUGGUCCUGCUCGAGGGCACCAUGAACUUGACAGGCGAGACACAGCCCCUGGUGGAACAGUUGAUGAUGGUGAAGCGCAUGCAGCAUAUUCCCACCCCACUUUUUGUCCUGGAAAUCUGGAAAGCUUGCUUCGUGGGGCUCAUCGAGUCUCCUGAGGGUACAGAGGAGCUCAAGUGGACAGCUUUUACCUUCCUCAAGAUCCCACAGGUUUUGGUGAAGUUAAAGAAAUACUGUCACGGGGACAAGGACUUUACCGAGGACGUCAGUUGUGCUUUUGAGUUCCUGCUGAAGCUCACACCCUUGCUGGACAAAGCUGACCAGCGCUGCAACUGUGACUGUACAAAAUUCCUACUCCAAGAAUGUAGCAAGCAGGGGCUUCUGUCUGAAGCCAGUGUGACCAACCUCAUGGCCAAGCGCGCAGCAGACCGGGAGCAUGCACCCCAGCUGAAAUCAGGAGAAAAUGCCAACAUCCAGCCCAAUCCUGGGCUGAUCCUCCGGGCGGAGCCCACUGUCACAAAUAUCCUUAAGACGAUGGAUGCAGACCACUCCAAGUCCCCAGAGGGCCUGCUUGGAGUCCUGGGCCACAUGCUGUCCGGGAAGAGUUUGGAUCUGCUGCUGGCUGCCGCUGCUGCCACUGGGAAGCUUAAAUCCUUCGCCCGGAAAUUCAUCAAUUUGAAUGAAUUUACGACACACGGCAAUGAAGAACUCGCCAAAGCAGCCUCCGUUCGCGCCUUGCUUUUCGACAUCUCCUUCCUCAUGUUGUGCCAUGUGGCCCAGACCUAUGGUUCAGAGGUGAUUCUGUCCGAGUCGAGCACAGGAGCACAGGUGCCCUUUUUUGAAACGUGGAUGCAGACUUGCAUGCCCGAGGAGGGCAAAAUCCUGAACCCUGACCACCCCUGCUUCUGGCCUGACUCCACCAAAGUGGAGUCCUUGGUGGCCUUGCUCAACAACUCCUCGGAGAUGAAGCUGGUGCAGAUGAAGUGGCACGAAGCCUGUCUCAGCAUUUCAGCGGCCAUCUUGGAGAUCCUCAAUGCCUGGGAGAAUGGGGUGCUGGCCUUCGAGUCCAUCCAGAAAAUCACAGAUAAUAUCAAGGGGAAGGUGUGCAGUCUGGCAGUGUGUGCUGUGGCUUGGCUCGUGGCCCACGUGCGGAUGCUGGGGCUGGACGAGCGUGAGAAGUCGCUGCAGAUGAUCCGCCAGCUGGCGGGGCCGCUGUACAGUGAGAACACUCUGCAGUUCUACAACGAGAGGGUGGUGAUCAUGAGCUCAAUCCUGGAGCACAUGUGUGCUGACGUGCUGCAGCAGACAGCCACCCAGAUCAAGUUCCCGUCCACGGGCGUGGACACAAUGCCCUACUGGAACUUGCUGCCCCCCAAGCGGCCCAUCAAGGAAGUGCUGACGGACAUAUUCGCCAAGGUGCUGGAGAAGGGCUGGGUGGACAGCCGCUCCAUCCACAUCUUUGACACCCUGCUGCACAUGGGAGGUGUCUACUGGUUCUGCAACAACCUGAUUAAGGAGCUGUUGAAGGAGACGCGGAAGGAGCACACGCUGCGGGCGGUGGAGCUGCUCUACUCCGUCUUCUGUCUGGACAUGCAGCAAGUGACCCUGGUCCUCUUGGGCCAUAUCCUGCCGGGGCUGCUCACCGAUUCCUCCAAGUGGCACAGCCUCAUGGACCCCCCCGGCACUGCUCUUGCCAAGCUAGCCGUCUGGUGUGCCCUGAGUUCCUAUUCCUCCCAUAAGGGACAGGCGUCCUCCCGCCAAAAGAAGAGACACCGUGAAGACAUCGAGGAUUAUAUCAGUCUCUUCCCCUUGGAUGACAUGCAGCCCUCAAAGCUGAUGCGACUGCUGAGCUCCAAUGAGGAAGACGCCAACAUCCUUUCAAGUCCCACUGACCGCUCCAUGAGCAGCUCCCUGUCAGCCUCCCAGCUGCACACGGUUAAUAUGAGAGACCCGCUGAACCGAGUCCUGGCCAACCUGUUCCUGCUCAUCUCCUCCAUCCUGGGGUCACGGACCGCCGGCCCGCACACUCAGUUUGUGCAGUGGUUCAUGGAGGAGUGUGUGGACUGCCUGGAGCAGGGCAGCCGGGGCAGCAUCCUGCAGUUCAUGCCCUUUACCACUGUAUCAGAGCUGGUGAAGGUGUCAGCCAUGUCCAGCCCCAAGGUGGUUCUGGCCAUCACGGACCUCAGCCUGUCCCUGGGCCGCCAGGUGGCUGCCAAGGCCAUUGCUGCGCUCUGACGGGCUUGGGGUGGCCGCAGGGGCCGUCUGGGGGACCACAGCCCCAGGUGCCUCAGAAGGGAACAGUGAGGAAAGAUGAGACAUCAUUGCUCAUAUCCACGUGAUGUAAGAGCCCUGUGUCAUUUCCAGAUCAUUCCCCUAUCCUGACAUCUGACCUCUAAGACGUCUCCCAGUUUCUUUCAUAAUUUCCUCUGCCCACAGCCAGCACCUAAAGAGUGUGCGCAGCCUGGCUCUUAGCCCAGGGCCCUCAGCACCCCAUAUCCCUGCCUUGCCUGCCUCCCCUGCCUCCCCCUCCCAACAGUAGAUGUAGCUCUGGGAACUUUGCAGGUGCAGAGUAUGUAUAUUUAUAUUUUUGUAACACAUGAGGGAAGUUCCCCUCAGCUCAUUGUAAAUAAAGAUCUUUGUGGGUCCCUGUGUGA